UCUCUCUCUACCUCCUCACUCUCACUCCACACUCUCUCUCUAGCUCCCUCAUUUCUCACUAAACCCACCACCACUCUCAGAGACUCUCAGUUUUUGCUUCUUGCUUUUAAAGGCCCGAUUCCGAUUCCCUUUCCCUUUCCGGUUAAAGCUUUGCUCCACUCACCCCCCCAUCCCUCUUUUUGGCUUUCAAAGCUUCGCUUUUUUUCCCCUUCAAAAAUUUGCCAUUCUUUUUUCCGUACCGUUUGCCAAGGUCCAGAGCUCCACGCUCGCUCUCUCCACUUUUUUCUUCUUUCGGGCGAAACUUUCCGUGAAAUUUCUCGUCCUUUGAUGACACUUUUUUAGGUGAUUUCUCUCCGUUUCAAGCACAAGCAGCUUCUCUGUCACGCUUCUUCCUUCUCUCUGUGUCUCUCUCUUUUUCUCUCUCUUUAUUCUCUUCACCUCGUGUGCUCUGCGAGAAUCUCCCUCUUUUUUCCUUUCUUCUUCUUCAGCAGCCUCUAUUUUUAGCUCCCGUCACUCAUCUCGCUUUCAAUGCGAAUCAGCUGCUGGAAGUCUCUCAAAUUCUAAUUUGCUUUGUUACUUGAAACUAUGAAUCCGGCUGUUAAGUACACGCAGCACCGCAGCCACACGAAGCUGGUGGCGAAUUCGGCGGCUGAGUUUGAGUCGGUGAGGCCCAGAGUUGUACGGAUAUCAGUCACCGACGGAGAUGCCACCGACUCAUCCAGCGACGACGAACCGGCCGAGUCGUCGUUCUGCGGGCGCCGCCGAGUCAAGAGGUUCAUCAACGAGAUUACUAUCGAGUCCUGCUCCAGAGAGACUGACGCUGUUUGGAGGAGCCGGACGACGAGGACCGGAAGGAAGAGAGCCUCCCCGAAGUCCGGAGGGCCGGCGAGUCGCCGGACGUUAAAGGCGGUAGCUGCUGCUCCUGCCGGGAAAAAGUUCCGAGGCGUGAGGCAGAGGCCCUGGGGAAAAUGGGCGGCGGAGAUUAGAGAUCCUCUGCGACGUGUACGGCUCUGGUUAGGCACGUACGACACGGCGGAGGAAGCCGCCAUGGUGUACGACAACGCCGCUAUUCAGCUGCGUGGACCUGACGCGCUCACCAACUUCGCUGCUCCUCCGGCGAAGUCCUUGCCAGACGUGAAGCCGGUUAUUAGCUCCUGCUACAAUUCCGGCGACGAGUCUCACAACAAUCUUUGCUCCCCGACCUCCGUGUUGCGGUGUCCAUCACCUUCGAACGAAGAAGCCGACUCGCCGAGUUUGAAAGAGGAGGUUCCGGACAUCGCCGAAUUCCGAAAUGUCCGAGACGACUCUUGUGUAUCGGAGAACUUCUCCGAAUUUUCGGAAUACACCAGUUUCGAAUCGUUUAUCCCGGACGACAUUUUUGAUUUCCAGAUACCUGACUUCUUGGAGGAAACGAGUCUACGAGAAGUUGGUAUUUUGAAGGAAGAUUUCGGCGAUUUCGGAAAUUUCGGCAACAUUUUUGUUGAUUCGGUUCGGGAUUUCGGGUUCGGUUCCUCUGCGUUGUGUGUGGAUGACCACUUCCAAGACAUCGGCGAUCUUUUCAGUUCGGAUCCUCUGGUUGCCCUUUAAGACGAGGUCGUUUCGGUCACAAAUGAAAGUUCGACGUCGUUCCGGUGACAGAGGACAGUUCCCGUUCGUGUUUUGCCUGUUUGACGGCAAGUUUUGUAUAUCGGCGGGAAAGAA